UGGGAAAGCUUGUCGGUUCAUACGGAUGAACUUCAGUCUCACCUGACACACGCUGAGGAUACGCUCUGAAAUACUAUCGAAAAAUGAAGAGAAAUCACGAUUUCAGCUCCUCGGAUAGUGAGCUCGAUGAGAAUAUCGAAGUGGAGAAGGAGAGUGCUGACGAAAAUGCCGGUGUGAAUUCUCCACUCGGAUCAAUGUCACCAUCCACAACCUCUCAAGUGCAAGCGAGGAAACGUCGCAGAGGGAUCAUAGAGAAGCGCCGUAGGGACCGGAUAAAUAACAGUCUGUCUGAGCUGCGCAGACUGGUGCCCAGCGCGUUUGAGAAACAGGGCUCUGCUAAACUAGAAAAAGCAGAAAUUUUGCAGAUGACGGUAGAUCAUUUAAAGAUGCUUCAUGCAGCUGGAGGAAAAGGUUACUUUGAUGCUCACGCGCUGGCCAUGGAUUACCGCGGGCUGGGUUUCCGCGAGUGUCUGGCAGAGACGGCGCGUUACCUCAGUAUCAUCGAGGGCCUGGACAACACCGACCCCCUCCGCAUCCGCCUGGUUUCACACCUGAACAGUUACGCCUCCCAGAGAGAAGCUCAUUCGGGUUUGGGCCACUUGGCGUGGGGCUCCGCAUUCGGGACGCCGCCCGGCCACCUGGCCCACCACCUCCUCCUGCAACAACAGCAGGGGGCGCCACUCCCACGCAGCACCAGCAGCCCUCCAUCCUCGAAUUCGUCAUCGCCCUCCUCCUCCUCAUCUUCAUCCGCUGCCUCCACAGAGCCUCACGCCCCCAGCAGGCUGACCGGGCCGGGGAUUAGCGAGGCAGGGCAGACGGGACCGCUGAGGGUGCCGCCCGGUACCUCCCUGCCCCCUGGCCUCACACCACCGACUACAUCCAAGCUUUCUCCGCCCCUCCUGACGUCACUUUCAAGCCUGUCAGCAUUUCCCUUCCCGCUGAGCGCAUUUCCUCUGCUGUCCCCGAGUUCGCUGGGCCCCGCGACUCCCUCCAGCAGCCUGGGGAAGCCCUAUAGGCCCUGGAGCAUGGAAAUAGGAGCCUUCUGAACUCUGCAAAAACAUGAACGCUGUGGACAGACAGUCAGUUAGAAAUGACUUUUUUCUGUAACAUCUGACUAUUUCAAAGAGAUGGACACAACCGCAGAAUUCCUCUCUGUACAAAGGGAAAGAGCGAAUACAGGACCGAUGUACUUACUCGAAUGACCCUGUCUUUUGAAAUUGUCCCGUCUCAGGUCGAGCAGAAAUAAGAUCUAGAGAUGAUCGGGUUCUCGCACAUCAGUUCAGAUGUGGAGAAGUGCAUGCUAGAGAGAGCGAGA